GUUCGAGAAGGGAACGCGAGCUAAGCAGACGCCUGAUUUCAAAAGUGAUCGCCAAUUCUGGAGUGAUUGCAGAAUAUCGGAAUAUCGCCUUCUAUAACUAAUAUUUAAAAAUUCAUAUAAUAUAAUUGUACACAUAUGUAUACAUAGAUCUGAUUAUACCGUCGCAGUUUCGCCUUAAACGCGGUUAUUUGUUUAGAAAAUUAUGCCGCGAUUGAAGUGUUCCGUGUUUGUGUCUAUUUUUUUAUGCUUCAAUGUUGUCCAUUCAUUCAACAUAAUUGGAACCAACAAGCAAAUGCUCUACGAAUAUGUAGGCAAUGUAUUGGUCGGCUCCAAGCCCCAGGAUGAGGGGCGUCCAUCGCCACCAACAACUGGUUGGAUUGUUCGUGGAAAAUUAACGCUUCAGCGUCCAAGCGAUCUCAUCAUGGCCGCAGCGCUGGUCAUAGACGAUGUGACGUUGAACAAUUCCGGUGAGAAAUUCUUACAGAACAAGGAAAUGUACCCCCCAUAUAAACCCUUCAAGAUUAUCCUUACUAAGGAGGGCACAAUAUCACACUUAGUCUUUAAGGAAGGCGAUCCCAUUUGGUCAAUGAAUUUCAAGCGAGCUAUUGCUAGCACUCUGCAGUUCCAGAUCAAGUCUAGCGGCGCCUUUGUAGUAAAUGAAACCGGCAUACAUGGACAAUGCCAGACCGAGUACUUUGUAUCCAACAAAACCAAUUACAUUUCCAUUCGAAAGACACCUGAGCUGAUGACUUGCAAACCCUACUCGGAGGCUGUUCAUGUGACACGCAGCAAUGUGCCACCGAACACUUGUGAGUUUGAUCACCAGAAGAGCGUGAUCAUUGGCAAUGAGGCCAUCUAUGGCAUAUUGCCGCAUAACGAAACCGGAUACUUUUUGAGCAUGGCCCAUGCAAAGGGAACCACGCUAAUUCAUACAUUCGAAUCCACUGGUGAAGCACAGUAUAUUAACUCAGAGUUACUGCUAAACUUUCAAAAUGAAACCCCCAUCGAUAACCCCAUUGAUAUUGAGACAUCCAUGUCAACAGAGAUUUCGAAUUUGCAACUACAACCAUUGGAGAUAAAUGAUCCCACAGGCGGUCGCAAUCCUCAGCAACAAGAAACUCUCAUCUCUAUUGCUGGGGGACUCUUAGACAAUCUGGCCGAGGCCCUCGAAAGCACAGACUUUAAAUUCAGUGAGCCCUACGACUCGACACUGUCCGAUGUGAUCAAGCUGUUAAGUGAAAUGGACUUUGAAUCGCUAAAGAAACUGUACACUGAAGUGGACAUUGGCACUUCGUAUCGACAGGAAACCAUUCGAAAUAUUUUCCACGAGAUCAUUCCACGCAUUGGCACAAAAGCAUCGGUAUUUCUCACGCGUCAUUUGGUCGUGGAGAAAGCAAUCAAAUCACCCAUAGCCGUUCAAUUGCUCAUUCCCAUGCCCUUUCACAUUUUCGAAUUGUCCGCCGAGUUGGUGAAGGAGUGCGAGGAUUUUCUCACCAUAGGACCAGAUCGCCCUGAUGUGAGGCAAGCGGCAAUCUUGAGCUUUUCCACACUCGUUUACAACGUGUAUGUGGCACGUGGGAUUGACAAGGAUCAGUUUGAGGAAUAUGUUCAAAAGUACUUCAAUAUGUAUUUAAACGACCGUGACUAUGAGCAGAAGAUGCUAUUCUUGCAGGGGCUAAGCAACUUGCAGCUGGGCAAUGUUGCUAGCUACCUUGAGCCAAUUGUACUAGAUGAUAGUAAUGAGGAUCUAAGGUUCAUGGCUGCCUGGACAACGCUCGCCCUGGCGGAUAAGCGAGCUGAGCGCAUUUAUGAAAUCUACUGGCCCAUUUUCGAGUCCCGUAACGCUAGCUUGGAGCUACGUGUUGCAGCCGUCACCUUGCUGCUCAUAUCCAAUCCAACGGCAGCCCGGCUGAUUAGCAUACACCGCAUAAUACAGAGCGAGACGGAUCCCCAUCUUAUCAACUACUAUCGCACCACCGUGACGAGCAUUUCGGAGACAACAUAUCCCUGCUAUCAGCAUCUUCGUCGUCUACUUUCCUAUAUGCAUCGCCACUUGCCGCAGAAACCGGAGCCCCGCUAUUGGGUUACGGGCAACUAUAUAUUCGAUUAUCGCGACUCCAAAUUCGGAAUUGGGGCCAUGCUGCAAACCUUCUUAGUCGGUGAUCCGAAGUCUGAUAUGCCUGUAGUGGCGUAUUUCAAGUUUGAUACUGAGGCGCUGGGUAAAUUCACAGGUCAACUGGCGCUAUACAUCAAAGCGAGAGGCUUGCCCGACGCCAUCUGGCAGAUUGUGCAACCAAAAUUGAAUAACAGCGAUCCGUUCACCUUCAAAAGCAUCAAAGCCUUGUUGGCAAUGCUUAAAGCUCCCAUAGUCACAUCAAAGAACCUCCACAUUGAGUUCAUUUUGCAAAUGGAAGGCAAGACUGUGCUCUCCUAUUACUUGAACCAGCGCAUGUUCCAGCAACUGACAUAUGACAAUAUUCUUGAUCGCCUGCAACUGUUAAUCCGGACGGAUAGCCACAUCAAUAUACAAACAGUACGCUGGCCCUUUAUGAACAAAUAUUCGGUGCCCACAGUGCUGGGCACAUCAUCGGACGUGCUGUUGCAAACAACAGUGCUAACCUCCCUACGAGGCAACAUUACGGAGCAGCGAACGCCACCUGGAUCAAAGCACACUUUAGAGAUUGACGCCCGCUACUCCUCAUACGCCUCAGUACGCAGUCGCAGCUAUAACCCGUUUCUCAAUCUAGAUCAUGAGAUCAAGCGGGAGCAAGGUUUUCUUAUCUACAUUCCCUUCAACAGUGAGCUGACUUUAAAUGAAACCAGCAGAUGCGCCCGAUAUACCUUCACAAGGCCUCAAAAUUUAACCAGUGGCAUGUCGUUCAAGUCCCGCGCUGUGACCAUCACCCGGGGUCAGGUGACUAAAACGGCAGCUGAACCGUUUGAGGAGAUUAUGUAUCCCGAACGAGGUAUUGAAGUGUUCCAGCCAUUCAGCUAUGCCCUCCCAGAUCUGGGUGUCAAACUGCGGCUCAACAUGAAUCUCAAUGAGCUGAUUAAGUUUCGGGGCAUGCUACUCAAGUCCGAGUUCAUAGAGAAUGGCUUCUCCAGCAAUAUGGUCGUAAGUUUAAUGAUGUACGUCUUUGGCUUCACGCAACUCAGCUCCAUACAUUUGGGCCACGAUCGAAACUUCACUUUACUGAUGUACAACGAGAAUGCAACAAGAAUUGAUGGUAAUAUCUAUGUAGAAGAUGUGCUUAAGACAUCCGAAUUAAAGGGAAAGCAAAUUGGUUUUACCUUGGAACAUGCAGAUGAAACACAAAACGUAGAUUCCUUGCACAAGUGGAAUGUCUUAGUGGAUGUGCAAACCUCAACCAAAUCAAGCUGGUUUAGGGUAACCAGCAAGGUGCAACGUAAUUCGAAGGAUGAUGAGGAGGACUGGAAGGCCUGCUCCAAGUUAACCUAUGAACCACUUGUCUUCACCAAACGCCCGCACUCUCUCAAUGGCUAUGUGGCUUUUGGCCUGGUUUCCGAGGACGGUGAAUGCCCGGAGAGCGGUUCCAAAGUCCAAUUUGCAGCACGCGCCGGCCCAUCGGAACAUGCUCGCGCCUUCCUCCGUUCGGAUAAGAUAUCGCUAACGGACACUGACUUUUGUCCCAAGGAAGUGCUCAAAUUUUCGCCCAUACCCACAUCCAAGUACUGUAAGCGCAGUAACUUUGAGAACUUCACAUCAAUAACCCAGUACAACAUGGAUCUAAAAUUCGAUAAUAUGCCAGCCUGGUUCGACUUGUGGUCAACACGUUUAGAUCAUUUGGUUUCCGCUCUGUCCGCCCAUAAAGUUGAUAGCUUGCAUAUGAGCCGACAGAUUAAUGUAACUAUGCAUACGCCUCACGAUCACUUUUGGUUGACUGUGGAAGUUAAUGGAGUCCAUUGGCGCAUCUAUCACAUACCGUUUUUGUUUAAGCUUGACUCAAAGUUUGAUACAUCCCAUGAGUUAGCAUUCGACUCGGGGUUGAAGCGAUCAUGUUCGGUCAUUAAUGGCAUGAUUAAUUCUUUCAAUGAUUACCUUAUUAAUCUGGGUAACUUUAUCACACAACCGGAUUGCCUGACUCUACUAGUAGCGGACUGCUCGCCCGUUCCGAAAAUGGCUGUAUUUCUAACGCCUUCACCUGGUACCGGCAGCCUGGCCAGUAACUAUGGACUACGUGUGCAUAUUGGCCAGAAUUACUUUAACUUCCAUUCACGAGCCGGCAACAGCAGCCAACUGGAUGAGGCUCCCGUAUUUAUCUAUUUGAACCAUGCUCAGACGCCUCUUGAUGUGCGCCACAAGCCGUACCAGUGGCCAGUCGACGAUAGUGAUUAUGAAUUCCGUGUUGAACUUAACGAGCAAAAUCUGUUAAUCAUCGAAUGCACUAAACUAAGUGCCACUAUCCAGUUCGACAUGUACAACAUCCUUAAUUUUGAGAUCUUUGGAGUGUAUAAGCAUCAAAUGUGCGGACUGUGUAGUAAGCCCUUAAAUCGCAUGCACAACUACACGUUAUGUGAGUCGGAAAUGAGAUCGUCUACGACCACUCCAAUACCGACAACGACAACUAUUGUGGAUAACUUAUCGGAAAUAGGUGUAAAUAAUAAUUGAUAUUAAUAUUAAACUAUAACCGAUGCAAAAUUUAGUGAAAAUAACUUGAAAACUUACAUAGUUAAAAAUACAUGUAAAGUUUACCGGUUAAUCUCUAAUUCAACAUAACAUCUCGAAGACAAGACACUAAACUUUAUUGCAUUUAAAUAAAACUCUAAGGGUGUCAAUAAAUGUUGUAGAUUCAGAA